AUGCGAGGUCUCAAACAGGGUUGCCCGUUGUCGCCGCUGCUGUAUAUGCUGUAUACAGCCAGCCUGGAGAGGAUGCUGCUGGAGGAUGGAGGUGGAUUCUCGCUAGCUCACUCCUAUGGCGGAACACCCGUGCCCUGGAGACUGCCGGGCUUGGUAUAUGCCGAUGAUAUUGUUCUAAUGGCUGACAAUCUGGGAGACCUGCAGCAUCUCGUCUCACUAUCGGCAAAUCACCUGAGCAAACUCGGAUUGCGCUUCAACGCCAAGAAAUCAGCGGUGCUGGUGUUCGCAGGCACGGGCACAUCUGCGGUGGUGUCGCUGCCGGAGGGUGGGCAGAUUCCGUGGAGAGAUGAGUGCAGGUACCUCGGUGUUCAACUGAGCACAUCGAGCCAUGUCCUGGACAUCCACGAGGAAAACAUCCGUCAGACAUCACGCAAAGCGGCGAACGUGUUGCGCAAGCGAAGUCUCUGGGGCUGCAACCGCUUCCUGCUGGUCCGAGAAAUGUGGAAGUGUGUGCACGUCCCAUGCCUCUCGUUUGCCAAUGCUGUGCUGACCUUCCAGUCAGGAACUAGACAGUGGCUGGAGCGAGGGCAGCGAGAGGUUGGUCGACUGGCGUUGGGCUGCCACGGACGAGUUGCCAUAGAGGCCAUUCAAGGAGACGUGGGGUGGUCGUCGUAUGAGGCCAGAGAAGCCAGGAGCAAGAUCGCCUACGAGGGCCGCCUGCGUCUCAUGAACGACCGCAGGUGGGCACGGCGCUUGCCUCCGCCGAAAGUUCGGGUUCUUCGCGAAGCCCGUGACGGCAACCAGGGAGUGCCAAUGGGCUCGGGCCGUUCAAGAACAAGUACGGGAAGAGGAAAACGAAAAGUGGCGGAAGGCGAUGUGUUCCAAGACAACAUUGACGGAGUACCGCAAGCACAAAAGUGUUAUAGAAAAUGA